AUGGUGAAGUUUAUCAAAGCCGGAAAGGUUGUCGUGAUCCUUCAGGGUCGUUACGCUGGCAAGAAGGCCGUUGUCGUUAGAAACCACGAUGAGGGUACCAAGGACAGACCUUAUGGUUAUGCUGUUGUUGCUGGCAUUGAACGUUACCCCUUGAAGGUCACCAAGGCCAUGGGCAAGAAGAAGGUUGCCAAGCGCUCCAAGGUCAAGCCUUUCGUCAAGAUCGUUAACUACAACCACAUGAUGCCUACGCGUUACGGCUUGGAGUUGGAACAGAUCAAGGGCACCGUUUCUGCUGAAACCUUCAAGGAACCCACCCAGCGUGAGGAUGCCAAGAAGACCAUCAAGAAGCUCUUCGAAGAACGUUACCAGACUGGCAAGAACAAGUGGUUCUUCAGCAAGCUUAGAUUCUAA